AUGUCGCACCUCGAGGAGACGUACAGCAAGAACGACCUCGAAAAGGCCGACAACAACGUCGUCACCCUCUCGAACGGCGACGGCCACAACGGACAGGACCUGCAUCGAGGACUCAAGGGCCGCCAUGUCCAGAUGAUUUCCAUCGGAGGCGUUAUCGGAACCGGUCUCUUCCUCGGUACCGCCAACGCACUCCGCCAUGGUGGACCCGCCGGCCUCCUCAUUGGCUACGCCGCGAUUGGCGCAAUGUGCUACGCAGUGAUGAUCUCGCUCGGAGAGAUGAUUGCUCACCUCCCCGUCCCCGGAGGUCACAUCACCCUCUCGCGCCGAUUCGUCUCGCCGGCGUUCUCGUUCGCCAUGGGAUGGAACUACUGGUACAACUGGACCAUCGUCUUGCCCGCCGAGCUCAACGCCGCCGCCGUCCUCAUCGGCUACUGGGACAAGAAGACGAACCCGGCCGUCUGGAUCGCCGUCUGCCUCGUCGUCGCGUGCGCCAUCAACUUUGGUGGCUCGCGCGCGUACGGAGAGGCCGAGUUCUGGUUCGCCAUCAUCAAGGUCCUCACCAUCAUCGGCUUGAUCAUCCUUGGUAUCGUCAUCGACUGCGGUGGCGGUCCCAACGGCAACUACAUUGGCACCAAGUACUGGCACGACCCCGGAGCGUUCGUUCAGUACGCCGGCAUCCCCGGAGCCAAGGGCCGCUUCCUCGGCACCUGGGCCGUCCUCAUCCAGGCCUCGUUCUCGUACAUUGGAACUGAGAUUGUCGCCAUCGCUGCCGGCGAGACCAAGGACCCGCGCAAGACGCUCCCGCGCGCCAUCAAGAACGUCUACAUCCGCAUCCUCCUCUUCUACAUCCUCGGAGUCUUCAUCACCGGCCUCGUCGUCCCCUCGAACGACCCCCGCCUCAACCUCGGAACUGGUACCGCCGCUUCGGCUCCCUUCGUCAUUGCGAUUCAGAACGCCGGCAUCAAGGCUCUCCCGUCGAUCAUCAACGCCUGCCUCCUCACCUCUGCGUGGUCGGCCGCCUCGUCGGACCUGUACACCUCGUCGCGCGCGCUCUACGGUCUCGCGCUCAACGGCCAGGCCCCCGCCAUCCUCAAGAAGACGAACCGCUGGGGCCUUCCUUGGGUCUGCGUCCUCGUCGGCGUCGCCUUCUCGCUCCUCUCGUUCAUGUCGGCCGGCUCGACCUCGGCCGGAACCGUCUUUGGCUACUUUGCAAACAUGACCUCGGUCUGCGGUCUCAUCACCUGGGCCGGUAUCUGCCUCACCUACAUCCGCUUCCACCGCGGCCUCCGCGCCCAGGGGAUCGACCGCACCCUCCUCCCUUACAAGUCGCCCAUGCAACCCUUCGCCGCCUACUUUGGACUCGUCUUUGCCUGCAUCGUCCUCUUCUUCAACGGGUGGAGCGUCUUCCUCAAGGCCAACUACCCCUUCGACACCUCUACCUUCGUCACCUCCUACUUCCCCAUCUGGUUCUUCCCCUGCCUCAUGAUCUUCUACCGCCUCUGGAAGCGCUCAGACCGCGGCCCCUCGCCCUCAGAGAUGGACCUCGUCUCGGGAUCGCGCGACGAGCAGGGCUUCGCGGACCCCGAGCAGCCGGAGCCGAAGGGCGUUGGAAGGCGCGUCCUGGCGUAUGUCCUUUAG